AUGGCGUCGGUGAAGAGCAAGAUCCUGGUGGUCGGCGGCACGGGGUACCUGGGCAGGCACGUCGUGGCGGCGAGCGCGCGGUUGGGCCACCCCACCGUCGCGCUCGUCAGGGACACGGCCCCCGCCGACCCGGCCAAGGCGGCGCUGCUCAAGAGCUUCCAGGACGCCGGCGUGACGCUCCUCAAGGGCGAUCUGUACGACCAGGCCAGCCUGGUGAGCGCGGUGAAGGGCGCCGACGUGGUCAUCUCCACGCUCGGGUCGCUGCAGAUCGCCGACCAGACCAGGCUCAUCGACGCCAUCAAGGAGGCCGGCAACGUCAAGAGGUUCUUCCCGUCGGAGUUCGGCCUGGACGUGGACCGCACGGGCAUCGUGGAGCCGGGCAAGUCGAUCCUCGGCGGCAAGGUGGCGAUCCGGCGCGCCACCGAGGCCGCGGGCAUCCCCUACACGUACGUCGUGGCGGGCUACUUCGCGGGGUACGGGCUCCCCAACAUCGGGCAGCUACUGGCCCAAGGCCCGCCCACGGACAAGGCGGUCGUGCUCGGCGACGGCGACACCAAGGUGGUGUACGUGGAGGAAGGCGACAUCGGGACCUACACGGUGCUUGCCGCCGACGACCCGCGCGCGGAGAACAAGACGCUGUACAUCAAGCCCCCCGCCAACACGCUGUCGCACAACGAGCUGCUGUCGCUGUGGGAGGACAAGACCGGCAAGACGUUCCAGAGGGAGUACGUGCCCGAGGAAGCCGUGCUCAAGCAGAUCCAAGAGUCGCCGAUCCCGGUGAACAUCAUCCUGUCGAUCGGGCACGCGGCGUACGUGCGGGGGGAGCAGACGGGCUUCGAGAUCGACCCGGCCAAGGGGGUGGACGCCACCGAGCUGUACCCGGACGUCAAGUACACCACCGUCGACGAGUACCUCAACCGCUUCCUCUGA